CUGGCUGGGCUGGAGGCUGCUCGCUCUUUGAUCCUCCUUCUCCCGGGGACAGGAGCGGGCCUGGGAGACCCGGCCAGCUCUGGCGGAGGGUACCUCGUCGGUAGCUUGCAAAUCUGCAGGCAAUGAUGUAGGCUGAAUUUUUAUUUAAAAAAAAAAUUGCUGAACACUUCUUAACUAGACAGAACUUUUUAGUAUCAUUCAAUGCCUAACAUUGCAGAAGGUGAAAGGGAGAAUGGUUCUGGACACAAAGAAAACAGACCUGAAAAAAAAUCUCCAGAAGCUACUCUUCAUAAUGAUGUAAAGCCAUAUUGCACUUCAGAUGCAUCCGCUGUGUCACUGGGUCCUACUGGAGAUGGGCAUUAUCCAUGGGGAUGUCCUGUGACUCACACCCGAGAAAAAAUUUAUACCAUCUGCUCAGACUAUGCUUUUUUAAACCAGGUAACGUCCGUUUGUAAAAGUCCAAGUGCUACAGUUAGUGCCUGCCUAUCAGAUAGUGCUGCCUUAAAUGUUGGAAAUAAUACACCUAACUUCAUUGGCAUUCAAAGUGGAGCUUCUGAGAUAAUCUACAAUGAAGACACUAACUUGGAAAAUUUAUCUAGUAGUCUUGGAAAGCUUCCACUGGCAUGGGAAAUUGACAAAUCAGAGUUCAAUGGAGUGACCCCAAAUCUGAAAAACAGAGCAGGAAACAUGAAGAAACAAGUAACAAAGAAAAAAUCUUUGGACAAAAAAAGCAAACAAUACAGGGAGUGUUCUCAACAUUCCACUGUUGAAGAAAUAAAGCAGCGGAAAGUGCUCGACCUCAGGAGAUGGUACUGUAUUAGCCGACCACAAUAUAAGACUUCCUGUGGAAUUUCCUCUCUAGUAUCUUGCUGGAAUUAUUUAUAUAGCACACUGGGAGCUGGAAACCUACCACCUAUUACUCAAGAAGAAGCCUUGCAUAUUUUGGGCUUUCAACCCCCAUUUGAGGAAAUUAGGUUUGGUCCCUUUACAGGAAAUACAACUUUAAUGAGGUGGUUUAGACAGAUUAAUGAUCAUUUCCAUGUAAAAGGCUGUUCAUAUGUUCUAUAUAAACCUCAUGGGAAGAACAAGACAGCUGGAGAAACUGCUGCAGGGGCCUUGGUAAAGUUAACACAAGGACUGAAAGAUGAGUCGAUGGCCUAUAUUUAUCAUUGCCAAAAUCAUUAUUUUUGUCCAAUUGGAUUUGAAGCUACCCCUGUAAAAGCUAGUAAAGCAUACAGAGGUCACCUCUUGCAACAAGAAGUGGAAUAUUGGAUCUUAAUUGGAGAACCAAGUAGAAAACACCCUACCAUUCACUGUAAAAAGUGGGUAGAUAUUGUUACUGACCUGAACACUCAAAAUCCAGAAUACUUAGAUAUUCGACACCUGGAGAGGGGUCUGCAGUAUAGAAAAACAAAGAAGGUAGGAGGAAACCUGCAUUGUAUCAUUGCUUUUCAGAGACUUAACUGGCAAAGGUUUGGUCCUUGGAACUUCCCAUUUGGAAACAUUAGACGAGAUAUGCAACCACAAGCACAGGGAAUUGCCAAAUCUGAAAGCGAAGACAAUAUCACCAAGAAACAGCAUGGACAUCUGGGUAGAUCUUUCAGUGCUGGUUUCCAUCAAGAGUCCAUGUGGAAGAAGAUGUAUAACCUUCAUGAGAGGAGGAACAGUGGAUAUCAGAGUUAUACUGAUUAUGAUGGGAAUGAUAGAAAUUAACUUUAGUACAGCACAGCUGCUGUACUAAAGUUUU